GAUUACCCUCAAUACGGUAUUUACACCAGAAACCGCUCUCCUUAGAAUUACCCUCAAUACGGUAUUUACAGCAGAAACCGCUCUCCUUAGAAUUACCCUCAAUACGGUAUUUACAGCAGAAACCGCUCUCCUUAGAAUUACCCUCAAUACGGUAUUUACAGCAGAAACCGCUCUCCUUAGAAUUACCCUCAAUACGGUAUUUACCCCAGAAACCGCUCUCCUUAGAAUUACCUUCAAUACGGUAUUUACAGCAGAAACCGCUCUCCUUAGAAUUACCCUCAAUACGGUAUUUACAGCAGAAACCACUCUCCUUAGAAUUACCCUCAAUACGGUAUUUACAGCAGAAAGCUCUCUCCUUAGAAUUACCCUCAAUACGGUAUCUACAGCAGAAACCGCUCUCCUUAGAAUUACCCUCAAUACGGUAUCUGCAGCAGAAACCGCUCUCCUUAGAAUUACCCUCAAUACGGUAUCUGCAGCAGAAACCGCUCUCCUUAGAAUUACCCUCAAUACGGUAUUUACCCCAGAAACCGCUCUCCUUAGAAUUACCUUCAAUACGGUAUUUACAGCAGAAACCACUCUCCUUAGAAUUACCCUUAAUACGGUAUCUACAGCAGAAACCGCUCUCCUUAGAAUUACCCUCAAUACGGUAUUUACAGCAGAAACCGCUCCCCUUUGA